CAAACAUAUUUGUGUGUGUGUGUGUGUGUGUGCGUGUAUGUUUUCACUUGCUAAAUCUGUGCCAUGCCACUUAGUAUGACUGAAUGUGACAGGCGAUAGUGCCUUUACUUAUGGCCAACCUGGAAAGAAACAACAAAAUCUUGCUGGAUUUGGUGCGACAGCCCUUUAACAACACAUGUGCCGACUGCGGAGCUCCUGAGCCCGACUGGGCCUCCUACACUCUGUGUGUGUUUUUAUGUGUGAACUGCUCAGGGAUGCAUCGGAACUUGCCUACUAUCAGCAAAGUCAAAUCCAUACGUCUGGACCGCUGGGAAGAUUCUCUUGUCGAGGCCAUGCGAGUGGGAGGAAACUCAGUAUCCAAAGCCACAUAUGAAAAGUGUGUCCCUGCUUUCUUCUACCGGCCACAGCAGACAGACUGUGUGGUUCUUAAGGACCAAUGGAUCCAUGCUAAAUACGAGAGAAGGGAGUUCACUGGAGAACAAAUCCUUCACCCAUCUUAUGACGCAGAUACCAGUGAGGUCAUACUGUGGAAGAAGGGCAAAGAUAACAAGCACUUUUUCAAAAGGGUCUUUCUGCUGUCCCGCAAUGACUUCACCCUUAGGUACUUCACCAAAGAGGAGUCUAGGGUUCCUAAAGCUGUGAUCAGCAUGAAGGAGCUCAACGUGGUUUUCCAGCCAGAGAAGAUCGGCCACGCUCACGGCCUGCAGAUCUCCUACUUGCACGAGGAACGAAGCAGGAAUAUUUUUGUUUACCAUGAGAAUGGACAGGUCAUUGUUUCCUUUUUCAACGCUAUCCGUGCAACACGCUUGGAGUACCUGCGGAGGAAGCAUCCCACUCUCCCACUAGAUGAGUUAACACCACAGAUAACAAGACAAUGCCUCAAGGAAGGAUAUAUGGAGAAAACUGGCCCAACACAACGGGAGCCAUUCAAGAAGAGAUGGUUUACACUGUGCUCAGUGAACAGGAAACUGCUGUAUUGUAAAUCUCCAUUGGAUGCCACAGAGUUGGGCACCGUCUUCAUCGGCACCGAGAGCCAUGGCUACUGUGUCACAGAGGGAGGCAGACGGAACUCCAGAGGGGGCCGCUGGCACUGCGCCAUUAUUUUGCAGACUCCCGAGAGGCAGUUUGUGUUCAUGUGCGAGCAGGAACAGGAGCAACGCGAGUGGAUCGAGGCCUUCAGGAAGGUCAUAAGUCAGCCCAUGACCCCUGAAGACUACGCUAAUGAAGCCAACUUGAGACGGGGCAAAUGACUGUGAGCAUCUCAAGUGUUUAACGGUAAAAUGAGGACAAAGGAAUUGGUGCACAGGCCAUUCCACCUGCAGGGAGUGAAAACAGAAGCAAUGAUAUGUAGGUGGACUUUGUCGCUAGAGCAACUUCUGCUCUUCUGGACUGGAAAGACUUUUUACACAAUUUUGAAGCUUGUCCAUUCAUCCAGAAGAAC